AAAGAGAAAGCCUCUUGUGAAUGGGUAUCGCCGCAGUGUGGAUUAUAUUUGGAUUUUUCUAGGGCUUUUUUCAUUGUGAAAAAAAAAAACGAGAUAAGCUCAGCUUCAGCUCAGCUCCCAAUUUCCCCUCUUUUUUUUUCUCAAAUAUGCGUAAGUGCAGCUUAGCUUGCGGUAUUUGUAGCUAUUUCACUCCAAUUUCUUGUCCUUGCUGAUUUUAGUGAUCUUCUCGUGCUAUUGAAUAAGCCAGAUCCAGGGGCAGAAGAUGGUGUAAAUAACGUAGUGGUUUUAUUUUAACGUGCAGGGCACUCUGUCCACAAUUUUGACCUUGUAUGCACUCUUGCGUUUAUCUGUCAUGUCCAGCAAUCUUGUUUCUCAGCAGUUUUCAGGACCACCUGAUGGUCAGCUUGUUCAAAUGGACCAUGUUUCCAGUAAUCCCGACCCUGUAGCACAUAAGCAGACAAGUAUCGUUGGGCACAUGCCAAAUAUUUCUGAAUCACAUCAGUUUGUUUGGUCAAGUGAGACUACAGCCAAUAGAUUUGAUACUACAGUUCCUGCGAAUCAGUCGGGGCAGAUGGGACCCAGAAUGAACUCUCAGCACUUCAUGUUGUCACAUCAGCAGACCAGUGGAGAUAGAUAUGUGCCAAAUAGUCCAGGUGUGCAGAAAUCAUCAGUACUCACCAAACGGAAGGCUGGGAUGGAAUCAGUGCUGCAUGGUUCUAAUAAGCAAACUGCACAGGGAGCUUCUUUGUCGCAGACUCCAGGUUUUGUGCAACAAUCUUCUGCUAUUAAGAAACCUGGCCAACAACAGUCAAAGUUAACUUCUGGAGCUUCACCGAAUCUUUCUGUAUCAAGCAAGAAAAUGACCCGAAAUGAGUCCAUAUCCAACAGAAGUGCCUCCCAGCGGUCGCAGACUCCAAAAGGACGAACUAUUCAAGUUGAGUCGACCUCCAAGGCUCAGUCAGAGUCCUCUGAUGCCAUUAGGUCCAAAAUGAGAGAAUCACUUGCUUCAGCUCUGGCUAUGGCAUGCCAGAAUCCAGUUACUGUUGUAAAUGCUGCCAAGGAUUCGGGUGAAGCAGUUGGUUCUCAGCCUUCGCAACUGAACGUAACUCCGACAACUGCCAAUGAAGGUCUACCUCAAACCUCUGUCUCACAUAUACCUCAGAACUCUGGUGAUGUACUUCCUUCAACUGGCGCUUUUUCCGUUGAUGGAAAUAAUGACAGUCAGAGUUCAUGUCUUGGGCUUCAUGAUGAUGUGAGCAUGGGAAAUUCUGUACCUUGUUCUAAUGAAUUUGAGUUGCAUGUGGAUGAUGUUCCAUUCAGUGACAAUUUCUUUGUCAAAGAUGAACUCUUGCAAGGGAAUGGUCUCACUUGGGCGAUGGAUCUAGAUAUGCAGUUAAGAGAAACUGAUUUCCUCCAGGAUGCUGAAAAGGCCAAUUUGUUUGAUGAGGUUGUGGUUGAAGAUGAAGGCGAGCUUGCAAAAUCAUCUCCCGAAGAUUUAGCUUUGCAAAUUGAGGUGGAACUUUUUAAAUUAUUUGGAGGUGUGAACAAAAAAUAUAAAGAGAAGGGCAGGUCUCUUCUCUUCAACCUAAAAGAUCGCAAUAAUCCUGACCUCAGAGAGAGAGUGAUGUCAGGUGAGAUACCCCCCGAUAAAUUAUGUUCAAUGACUGCUGAAGAACUUGCUUCAAAGGAGCUAUCCGAGUGGCGGGUGGCAAAAGCCGAGGAACUUGCUCAAAUGGUUGUUUUACCUGAUAAUGCAAUUGACAUGAGACGCCUGGUUAAGAAAACUCACAAGGGUGAAUAUCAGGUUGAUUUUGAAAGGGAUGAUAAUAAUAUUGCAGCUGAGAUAUCUGCAGGUUCAACUGUCUCACAGUUCAUGCCGAAGAUAGAGAAGGGAAGAAAAUCUAGUCCUUCUGGUGCAGAUGAGAUUGGAAGUAAAGGAAAUGUUACCAGCCAACAUAAUAGCUCAGAAAAGCAAGAUGUGAAAGAUAGCUUGGUAAUUCCAGCUGAUGGGACUGAUUUGAUGCAGGGGAUGGUUGUUGAAGAAUUCAAGGAUGCAGAAUUUCUUCCUCCUAUUGUUUCCUUGGAUGAAUUCAUGGAAUCACUCGAUUCCGAACCUCCUUUUGAGAACUUGCCUGUUGAAAACAAUCAUUCUGCAUCUCGUCCAGACAAAGAAAGCUCCAAGGACCCUAACAAAGUUGUGGGUUCUGGUCUAGCUGCUAAAGACCCUGCUGUUGCUUCUGCAGACAAAGCUAUUGAAGGGACCAAGAAUCAUGUCGAACAAAAGGAGGCUCUGGUAUCUACGGGGAGCCCUGUAGUAAAGAAAGUAACUAGUUCUGGUAAUGCACCUUUCAAAUAUACCGAGAGCCUUGACAAGGUGGCAGGACCACGUGGUGGUGCUUCUACCUUCCCUUGUAUCUGGGAGGGGUCACUGCAGCUUACUAUUUCGUCCUUGGUGACAGUCUUGGGUUCAUUCAGAAGUGGUGAAAAAACACCAACUAACGAGUGGUCAAGCUCUCUUGAGAUAAAGGGUAGAGUUCGACUUGAUGCAUUUGAGAAAUUUCUUCAAGAGCUUCCCAUGUCACGAAGUCGUGCAGUCAUGGUUGUUCAAUUUGUGCUGAAGGACAAGUCAUCUGAGAGUGAACGGGCCAGCCUUUCUGAGGCAGUGGAUUCAUAUGCCUCAGAUGAGAGGUUGGGGUUCGCGGAGCCGGCUCCAGGAGUGGAACUAUAUCUGUGUCCACCGCAUAUACUUGAUAUGAUAGGCAAAAAGCUUUCCAAGGACCCUAAGGAGCUAUAUGAUUCUACAGAAAAUGGUCUAAUUGGCGUUGUUGUAUGGAGAAAACUUCACAUAAGUUCAACAAUAUCACCUAACUCUUCUUCUCACCAUAAACAUGGCUUGAAAAAACAACAGAUGACUCCUAGAGGACAGCACGAAAAAGACAGAAAUGUUAAUGUAAAUUCGACAUCUAAAGGAAUCAUGCCUAUGCCUUCGAAACAUGACCUUGCAAUGGAUGAUGACGAUGAUAUUCCACCUGGAUUUGGUCCCAAAGCAGGUCGUGACGAUGAUGAUUUGCCUGAGUUUAAUUUUUCUGGCAACAUAAAUGCUUCUAGGCCUAGGCACCCAGCACAAAACAUGUCGCAUGGGUCAAGAAUGGCCCCGUAUAACCAACCAGUACCUUCUCGCCCUAUAGACCAUAUGAGAGAACUUAUACUCAAGUAUGGGCAAACUGGAUCAGCUAGUAGUAACGAUAGAGUUGCAAAUGUUGGUCUUGGAAUUGAACCAUGGAAUGAUGAUGAUGAUGACAUCCCCGAGUGGCGGCCACAAGCCCCCCCCAGCCUUGCAGCGUCCUCCAUACCCUUUAGACCAUAGUUAUCCGUGGCCACACUUGGCUUAUCAGAGGCCAUUGGCAACGCCCAUCGCUUUGCCUAUGCAACCACCAAUAAAUAAUGGUACUCCAAGCAGGCCACAAAUUAUGUCACCGAGGGGGCAAUAUCAAGUUGAUUGGAGAAGGGCUCGGGGUUUCUGAAGUUUUUCUUUUUGUCAAGAGUGAUUAGCCAUGAUGUAAAUUCUGAAUAGCGUUUUUUCUUUUUCGUCAUAUCUGGCUUUUAAACUUUAGACUAGGUAUCUAGCCUUUUCUUUUAGAUGUUUUAAACAGGAGUUUAUUUUGUACUUCACCAUAAAGGCAAGAGAUUAUGUCAAUCUCUUCCAGUAGUUUUAUUUUCACCAUGGAAAAAGAAAUACUUUAUUCUGCCUUUAAAAA